GCCGCCAUCAGCCCUGGGGGCUUGCCCCAGGCUGGCAGCUGGGUCUGGCCACUGCCCCUCCCCUCUGCAUACCUUGCCCGCAGCCGAGCAGCUGGGAGGCUAUUUAUAAAGGCGGGUGAGGUCAGCAGCCGCCGCUAUAAAUGCGCAGGCCGUGGCGGCCCCACAGGAGCGGCUGCCCAGGGCGCAGUGGGCCGCUCGGCUGGCCGGGAUGAAGGCCAGCGCAGGUGGCGGGGACAGCGGCGGCAGCAGCAGCAGCUCGCAGGCCUCGUGCGGGCCCGAGUCCUCGGGCUCUGAACUGGCCCCAGCCGCGCCGGCGCCACGGAUGCUGCAGGGGCUUCUGGGCUCUGAUGACGAGGAGCAGGAGGACCCCAAAGACUACUGCAAGGGCGGCUACUACCCUGUGAAGAUCGGGGACCUGUUCAAUGGGCGGUACCAUGUGGUGCGCAAGCUGGGCUGGGGCCACUUCUCCACGGUCUGGCUCUGCUGGGACAUCCAGCGCAAGCGCUUCGUGGCCCUGAAGGUGGUGAAGAGUGCCGGGCACUACACGGAGACAGCUGUGGAUGAGAUCAAGCUCCUGAAAUGUGUCCGAGACAGUGACCCCAGUGACCCCAAAAGAGAGACCAUCGUCCAGCUCAUUGAUGACUUCAGGAUCUCAGGGGUUAAUGGUGUCCAUGUGUGCAUGGUGCUGGAGGUCCUGGGCCACCAACUCCUCAAGUGGAUCAUCAAGUCCAACUACCAGGGGCUGCCCGUGCCCUGUGUCAAGAGCAUCGUGAGGCAGGUGCUGCACGGCCUGGACUACCUGCACACCAAGUGCAAGAUCAUCCACACGGACAUCAAGCCCGAGAACAUCCUGGUGUGCGUGGGCGACGCCUACGUCAGGCGCCUGGCCGCAGAGGCCACCGAGCGGCAGCAGGCAGGGGCGCCGCCUGCCCGCUCCACAGUCAGCACAGCCCCUCAGGAGGUCUUGACUGGCAAACUAUCGAAAAACAAGAGGAAGAAGUUGAGGCGCAAACGGAAACAGCAGAAACGGCUGCUGGAGGAGCGGCUGCGCGACCUGCAGAGGCUGGAGGCGGCGGCGCAGGCGGAGGACUCUGGCUCCAGACUGGAGGGGGGCAGCGGCUCCACCUCUUCUUCUGGCUGCCACCCAGGGGGGGCCAGAGCCAGCCCCUCCCCAGCCUCCUCUUCUCCCGCCCCCGGCGGAGACCGCAGCCUCAGCCCCGGCUCGCAGACCUCCGGCUUCUCGGGCUCCCUUUUCUCUCCGGCCUCCUGCUCCAUCCUCUCUGGCUCGUCCAACCAGCGGGAGACCGGGGGACUCCUGUCACCCAGCACACCGUUUGGUGCCUCGAACCUCCUGGUGAACCCUCUAGAGCCCCAGAAUGCAGACAAGAUCAAGAUCAAGAUCGCAGACCUGGGCAACGCCUGCUGGGUGCACAAACACUUCACCGAGGACAUCCAGACACGGCAGUACCGAGCUGUGGAGGUGCUGAUCGGCGCGGAGUACGGCCCCCCAGCUGACAUCUGGAGCACAGCAUGCAUGGCCUUCGAGCUGGCCACCGGCGACUACCUGUUUGAGCCUCACUCCGGAGAGGACUACAGCCGCGAUGAGGACCACAUUGCGCACAUCGUGGAGCUCCUGGGUGACAUCCCGCCCGCCUUCGCCCUCUCCGGCCGCUAUUCCCGGGAGUUCUUCAACCGCAGAGGAGAGCUGCGGCACAUCCACAACCUCAAGCACUGGGGCCUAUAUGAGGUGCUCAUGGAGAAGUACGAGUGGCCCCUGGAGCAGGCCACGCAGUUCAGCGCCUUCCUGCUGCCCAUGAUGGAGUACAUCCCCGAGAAGCGCGCCAGCGCGGCCGACUGUCUCCGCCACCCUUGGCUCGAGCCCUAGGCCCUGCAUCCGGGAAGCGCGGGCGGGCGGGCGAGGGGCGACACGCAGGCUGCUCCUCUUAAUAAAGCGUGAGCUGACACUCGG